UCCGCUAGAGGGCUCUUGCGUCUUCCUCUUUUAAUAAUUUGCUAAUCAUGGCAACUGGUAAAUCUUCAAGAAAGGUUCCUAAAUUACCAGAAAAUCUGGCAUUACUACCGUCAGAACAGAAAGAAUUCGAAAAAUUUGCCAACGUCGAGUCUACUAAAGUAACUGGGCGUGGUGUUGUUUACCUUGGUCGUAUCCCCUAUGGAUUCUUUGAGAACCAAAUGAGAGCGUAUUUCAGUCAAUUCGGCAAAGUGACUCGCCUUAGGCUAUCACGAAGUAAAAGAACAGGAAAAUCCAAAGGUUUUGCUUUCAUUGAAUUCUUGAGUGAAGAUGUGGCAAAAAUUGUAGCUGGAACAAUGAAUAACUAUUUGUUGUUAGAAAAUUUACUAAAAUGUCGGUUCAUUCCACCAGAAGAAGUGAAAGUCAAUUUAUUCAAAGGAUGUAACAGAAAAUUCUCAGCACCAAAAUCUCAUAUCAUUUCCAGAGAUCGACACAAUUCAGCUAAAUCUACUAAAGUAAUUCGAUAUAAAACCAUUCGUUCCCUGAAGAAGCUCAAUAAAAGGGUGGAAAAGCUUAAGGAUAUAGGUAUCGAAUUUGAUUCAAGCAACUUGGAGAAAUCAAUCAUGACCAGUUUAGAUAAGCAGCUCAAAUCUGUAGCUAAAAAAGAAACUGAUGACAGUUCAGAGAUGAAGACAGAUGAGUCCACACUCUCUGCAGUUGAUGCCAGUCAUUCGACUAAUGAAGGUGACUCCACAACCGGUGGCAGCAUAUUAUUACUGGAAGAUAACCCCAGUGAUGAUGAAAUACAGAUAAAAACACCACCAAACUGUGUCAAACUCUCAAAAUUAAACCAGCUUUCCAAAAAAGAACUCAGGAAAGUUAAGACCGUAAAAACAGCCAAAGCACCCAGCUUUAAAUUAUUCCCAAAGCCAAAAAAGGUUAAAGAAUAAUUAUAAAAGUUUUACAAUAAAAAUUUAUAAACUAA